AUGUCCGCCGACACGGAGAGCCUGCAGUCGCAGAGCCCCUCGCAGAGCCUCGUGAAGUCCGCCCAGCUCGACGCGGAGCCGGCGGCCAACAGCUCCUCCGGCGUUGGCGCGUUUCUCGGCUUUGCGGCGGCAAAGACCGAGCGGCGNCCGGCGGCCAACAGCUCCUCCGGCGUUGGCGCGUUUCUCGGCUUUGCGGCGGCAAAGACCGAGCGGCGCGUGAGCGGCUGCGCGGCGGACUGGGUGUCGGACGAGCUGCUGAACCUCGCCGAGGAACUCAAGACGAUCGUGCCGCGGGGGACGUGGGAGAGCCUCGGCAGCGAGAAGGAGAUCAUGGAGGAGAACGGAUACAGCGUGAAGAAGCGGACGCCGGUGCGGGUCACCUUCGAGGUGCGGCGCGACGUGCUGCUGCACCAGCGCAUGGUGCACACGAGCUACCUGACGAAGGAGGCCAGUGAGGACAGCCGCGAUCAGCGCGGCACAACGCACAUCGCGAUCGACGUGGUGCGCGAUGAGGUGGACAUCGGCGUGCAGGCGGUGCCGUCGCUGCAGAGCCGUACGUCGCAGACGCCCUUCUCGCGCAAAGUGGACGCCGCGCUGCAGGUGGAGCCGACGCUCGUGGACGCGUGCAUACGAAACAUCACGCUUCCCAAGAGCGAGGCGCCUGCUAUGAUGGCCUUCUUCAACAAGGCGCUUCCACGUGUGCUGCACUGCCUGCUUCAGAACUACGAGGUGCCGAUAUAUCAGGACGACUUUUCUCUCUUCACAGAUGAUGAUGCAAUUGUCGGUUCUCGCGAUGAUACCGUCCUCAUUGAGAAGGGUAAUUACACUCACACCACAAUGAAGGACUUGCGCGUGUCCUCCAUCAGCUGGCGCAGCUUCCGUGGAAAGGAUGACUAUGUCUGCAUUGCAUCCGUUGCGCGACAUACGUUGGAGCAGCGCAUCGAGUCGGAGCGGCGCUGCGAGACAACAGUCAAUCUCGUCUGGGACUUCGCUGAUCCUAUGCACCCGCGCGCCUUGCUGGAGGCGCCAGUGGAGAUUCAGGUCCUGCAGUUCAAUCCACUAAAGCCGAACCUCAUUGCGGGUGGUGCUAUGAAUGGGCAGCUGUUCUUGUGGGACCUCAAUCAGACGACCACGAUAUCGCCCUCCACUAAGACGACUGGAGACCACAUGCAGGACCCCAACGUUGCAUUUCAUGCCGAACUCGGCGCGAAGGAUAUCCCGCCAAGUGUGCGUAGCGUCAAGGGCCUGAGUCUAGAGCGGGACGGCGAUGUUCUCGUACCACGCUUGCAGCCAAUACAGUCAUCUCGUGUUGAGCUCUCGCACCGGUGCCCUGUCCACGCCAUUCAGUGGCUGCCAAACGGACUCGAGUGCGCGUUUGAUGGGCGACAGACCCCUUCACAAGAGGGGCGGCAGUUCGUGUCAUUGAGUGACGAUGGGUACAUGUGCGUGUGGGAUAUCCGCCCCGAGCACCUCCCUGCCGACAAGCUGCGCAAGAUGAAGCAUCAGGGCCGCGUGGGUGGUGAGGAGUUUCCGUGGGUGCCGCUGCUGAAGUAUCAAAUGACGAGGCCAGGCGGUGGUGGCGACUUGAUGGGAUACCGCUUCCACGUAGACGGCCUCAGUGUCAACGAGAUGCCGUCGUACAUCGCCUGCUGCGGCACUACCCUUGGUGAGAUCGCAAUGUGUAACAUGCUGACCCCAGAUGAGAGGCGGGAGUUCUCGACAAACACGGAGGAGACGCGUGUGGUGCGACUAGUGGCGCGCGGUCACGCGGGGCCAGUCUUCAGCGUGCAGCGCCACCCCACCAUCAGUGACGUGUACCUGUCGUGCGGGGACCUUCACUUCAAACUGUGGCGUGUAGGCCUCGACCGCCCCAUCUACACUUCGUCGCAGCACGAUGCACUGAUUACCUGCGCCUGCUGGGCGCCAACGCGGGUGAGUGUGAUUGUAGUGGGCACAAUGGACGGCAAGAUUCUCAUAUGGGACCUCUUGGAUAGAAACAGGGAGCCUCUGCUCGUGCACCAACUUGUACAGGAUGCCAUCACUGUCAUCAACUUCAAGCCGGCGCCGCCAACGCCGCCGCCGCAUUACGUGCAGUAUGUCGCCAUUGGCACGAGCGUCGGAUCUUUUCACUGGUACGCAUUGCCGAGGGUUCUGUCGCGUGGUCCGAGUGGCGAGCAGCGGCACCUACGCGCCAUGCUUGAGCGUGAGGUGCGUCGCGUGCACUACUACGGCUGGCGCUGGUCUGAGCGCGAGCGCGAGCGUGACCGCUACGGCGUUGCGGCACCCAAGAUGAUGGGGAAGACGCAGUCAAUCGUCGCCCUUGUGGAGGGGAAGGAAGACAAGGCGGUGUGGGGCGGUGGCUUCGAGGAGGACUUUUACGCCCACGACCCCACCCGCGACGCGGAGUUCCUAGCAAAGGUGGAAGAGUUGCUACCGGAAGCUGCUGACAUGGAAGACGCCGAGGAAGACGAGGACGAGGAGGUGGACGGGAAGAGCGUCAAGGCGUGA